AUACUAAAAAUAUACAAGAUUUUUAAAUUUCCCAUGUAUUUCUAUUGAAAAGCUUAAAGCUCUUUUAAAAAAAAUUCCCUAAAGAGAAAUCGGGUAUAUAAACAAGUGUAACUCGUUAAAUUGGCAAUUGUGAAAUUCAAAGCAAAACGGAAUAGACGGAAUAAAAAAAUAAAAAAUUUAAUAAGAGCGGUUAAAAAAAGAUAACAAGCGGUAUAAAAAAUUUAAUAAUUAUUUUGAAGAUAAUUAAUUUCAAGUGGAUAAUUUCAUAAUAAAAUUAUUUGAUAAAAAAAAUAAUAAAUUGAAAGCGUAUGAUUUGAUUGCAUAAUUCAAUUAAUAAAUAAAAAAAAAAAGACAAUUAUUAUUAAAAAAGUGUGAAAAAAAUUAAGACAUUUGAAAAAGACAUUUUUAUUAAAAAAAAUUUAAGAAGAUUAUAAAAACAAUUUAAAAAAAAAGACUUGAAGUCACAAAUUAAAAAACAAAUUACAAAUUAAAUAAAAAAUAAAAAGAACAUUAAAUAAGUUAAAAGCAAAAAGACAUUUUUAAAUUAUUAUCAAGUGAUUAAAUUAAAAUACUGGGUACAUACAACUCAAAUUUAAAAACAACACAAAAAAGCAAAAUGGUAACUAUGGAUAUACUUAGCGAAGAACGCAAACAACUUAUGAAUAGUAAAAUAAAAGCAUUUGAGGUCGACUAUGAUCCAAUUGGUCGUACCAUUAAAAAUGCUCUACUUAAAUCACAAUCUGAAUCAAGACUUAUUGUUGGAUUAUCAGCUGCUAUUAAAGUUUUAUCAAGUGCACCAGAAGGUUCAUUAAUUUGUAUACUUGCUGAACCAAAAUUAGGUGAUUCUGGUACACAUAUACAUGAAGUUCUAUUGGAGGCAUUCUGUUAUGAAAACGAUAUCUAUGUUAUUAAAGUUGAUAGCGCUGAAAAAUUAAGUCGAAUUCUUGGUAAAUCAACAACAGAAUCAUGCUGUUUAAUACAAAAAAUAUGGACAGAUGAUGGUACUGAACAAUUAACAAAAUCAGAAAAUAUUCUUGUUGAUCAUUGUGAAGCAAAUUGGGAUUCACCAACACAACCCGUUAUUAAGUUACCUGCUGUAUGAAGUAGCCAUUUUGAAAUUAAGCAUAGUGCUUAAAAAGUAACCAAAACAAAAAAAAAAAAAACAGAAAAUUAAAAGGAAACUUUAUUGUGGAACUUUAAAUAAUCUUAUCAAAGUGUAUUAUUAAAAAUAUUAUUAAUGAGGGAUACACUCAAUUAAAUUGAUAUAGUGGAGAGUGUGUCAUGAAUGAUAAUCACAUAUUAUAUGGAUUUAAAAUUAUUUCCUUUAUAUAUAUAUGGAAAUUCCCGAAUCGUAUUAAACUGCGUAUUAAUUAAUAUACAGGAAUAUUAAUAACUUAUAUUUAAGUUAAACUAUCAAACAAAAUAAUAUAACUAAACGGAUAUUAAUACGAAGAAUAUGUAGUUUAAUAUGAAAAAAAAUAAUUAAAAAUAAAUAAAGAAAAAAUUAUGAGAAAAAACGAAUGAAAACUUGUGUAUAUAUAAAAAAAAAAAACAUUUAAUAGAAAUAUGAAAAUAGAAACAAACUUUAAAACAACUUGAAUUCAUAGUGUUUAAUUUAUUGCAAAAAAAUUAUUAAGUCAAUCCGUGACAAAUUAAAAAUGUAUGCAUUAAAUCCAGAAACAAGAAGAAAUAUCAAGUUAAAGUGAAAGUUUGUCAAACAAUAUUUUCUUUAAAUGAAAAUUAAAUGGCUAUAAGGAUUAUACACAGUGAACAACUUAUAAAGUAGGUAGCUGAAGAAAUGCAGGAAUGAUGUUGAAAUAUGAAUUGAGGAUUAUAGAAAUAAAUGAAUUCGAGAGAAUUGAAAAAAAAAAAUAAAUCUAGUUUAUAAAAUAAAAAUUAUGCAUUUGUAAUAAUUAAUUAGUACAUUUUUUGAUCAAAAGAAUUGUUGAAAAUUUUUCAAAAAUUGUAAAUUAUAAAAUGCAAAAUCACAUUAGCAAAAAAAAAAAGUUUGUAAAUAUUGUAAAAAAAAAAUAAAUUGCAAUGUUAAA